GUGUGAAAAUCCACACUGAGGCUGGUGGGAUGCUCUCUUCCCAAAGAGGAAGCUUCUUGCACCACAUGUGACUCCCCUCUGUAGACAGUGGGGCUGUCUCACUUCCGUGUGAGUGCCUCGCCUGUGCACACACCUUUCCUGAGCGGCUCACACCGAGUCCUGCCCGGGGACUUGAUGCCAGCAUGGCCCUGCCAGCGCUGGCCCUGACAUUCUUCCCGGCCCUUGCUUCUCUGCUGCUGGCAUGGGGACAGAUGCACUACAUUCCUGUGACUCCGUGGGUACACGAGGAAGCAGGAAAAUGUAAGAUUCCCUCCGACUGGGACCCCAAACUGCGGUUUACUCCAGAGAAGAGUGACUUUGCCUUGAAUGAAGUGGUGCAGCUCAGCUGUGAAGGGAAGAUUCCUGGGAAGUUUGCGCCAUCUGUCCCGCAGAUUCAAUGCAUUUCCAGAGGGGCCCAGAUCCUGUGGAAUGGGACUCCCACCUGCAAGGAAACAUGCCAAAGGCCUGCUUGGUGGGACCCCAGACUCCAGCUGGCACCAGCCCGUGACAGCUACACAGUGAAUGAAGAAGUGACUCUGAGCUGCAACGGUAGUUUCCAGCCGUCCUUCACCCAUGUCAAAUGUGCAAACGGGGUACAGCCACUGAAUUAUUCCACGUCCCUAAAGGAAGAUGUGUGGCUGGGGAGAAUCAGCAGUGGUGUGUGGAUUCAGGUUCAGGAGAACAUAGGGUGCAUUGAGAAAUGCCAGAAGCCCCAGUGGGACUCCAAGUUUUUCUUUAACCAAGAACAAGGGACCUUCAACCCAAAUGAAGUGGUGAAGAUACGGUGUCCUGAGGGGUACUGGCCUCCAUACAUGGAGAUCAAAUGUGUGGCAUUGAAGCCACAGGAAGGUUCCAUGAUUCCUCGCAGUGGCUGGAUAGCGAAGAGUGGCACGGACACCUGGCACCUUGUGGAAGAGACCUUGACCUGUGUGGAUGUCCUCCAGGUUUUCCAUGAGAACCUGGAGGUUUCCAGCACCAGCAUCAAACUGAACUGGAUCUGCAGAUUCCCUCGUAUGUGCCACCAUAUUCGGGCCAGGUGCCGGAUGGAGUACCAUUCCUCAAACUGUGAGGCUGAGGACGUGAAGGUAGAGGAGAAACUACUAGGCCAGAAGGGAACAUUCAUCUGCUCCCCUCUGCAGCCCUUCACGGUCUACAGCGUCAUCAUCUCCCUGCUGCCUAGCACAAUCCUGUACACAGACCUCAUCAUGACAAAGGAAAUGGUGCCAGACAAGCCAGAGAAUCUGAGGAUGGAUUCCAAAACGGGGACCAUCAGGUGGGAGGCACUGCCCUCCUGCAAAGGGGAGAUCACUGGAUACCAGCUGAACAUCACCACCGUGAGAGUAGAGGACGGCAGCUACCUUGAUUUCAGUCAGGUGUUGUUGAACCAUUCUGUCUCUGCAUAUGCGCCGCCUCAUCAGACAGCUGGCAGCAAAUACCUGGUGACAGUGCAGGGCCUGACGGCAGCUGGGGCUGGGGCUGCAUCACAACUGGAAUUUGAAGCCUACGUCCGGGUUUCAGGGCAGCCUCCGGGCCCUUGGCCUGGGUCAGCAGUCACUGUAGUGGUGGUGGUGGUGCUGUUGAUCCCCUUGUCUGCUGGGAUCAUCUGGUUCAUGCUGUUCAGAAAAAAGAAGGCCUUGCCCAGAAAUGCUGAGGAGGAUCAGUACACAGAUCUCCAGCCCUAUGAGAAUGUACACGGGGAUAAUUACUGCGUGAUCGAGAAUUUUCUUGAGAAGGAUGCAGGUAAGUGUGGCCAGGCUGGAGAGCCAUUUCCCCGCUCCCCGCUUGUUCAUGAGACUCAGCAGUGAGGAAGAAGAGCAGCUGGAGUGGACAUCUGAGGCACUUCCCUUCUCAAGACUUGGUCCUCCACCACCAGAAGCAUGACAAUGAGUUAUCCCAUGAGUUAUUGCUUCCCCCCAAAAUUUUCUUCUUCAUCAAGCUCCAGAGUCCUCUGCCACAGCACAGGAGCAGCUUUAGGCAUGGGAUGACCUCCUCAUGACAGCAAGGAUAUGUCCUGGUAGUUUUCGAGUGCUCUGGCAUAGCCAUCUCACCAGCAUCUUGGUGCCUGCAUAUAUUCCCUGAGAUUGGAGGAGCUCACAACUCCUCUUUCCAGGCUGUGUUCUUGUAUCCAUCUAUACCCUGUCCUCUGCUUGAGUUUGGCCUAGCUGUGCUGCCCUGGCCACUUUGCUGCUGUAUCUGGAAAAACCAAUAAAUUUUUGUCAUUUGCAGGGGCUGCCUGGCCCACAAAAGCUC